AAAUUAGGGAAUGGGAUUCCAUUCUCUCCAUUUAUCUUUUUCUUUUUUUGUCGAUAGUGAUUCGCUUGAUCGCUUCUUGAUGAGAUAUCUCAUUCCAUUCCUCUGGAAUCAGAAUGAGAAUGUGAUUCCUCCAUUAUUUUCCCAUUCCUUUUCCCCCAAAAUUACCCUCUUAUUAAUGAAACCCAGAUCAAUUGACUCUCAUAAACCCUAAUUUUCAUCUCGGCGAUUUACAUGAUCACAGGAUGAAAAUGAAUAGAAAUACCAUAGAAAGAGGAAGAGGUAAGAACAAACACUAUUGGACACAUGAUGAGGAUGCUGCAUUACUUGAUUCAUUGCACGAAUUGUAUCAAAACGCCCUCUGGCGAGCUGAUUGCGGCUUCAAGAAUGGGUACUUAGCUCAAUUAGAGAUCAUGGUGGAAAGGAAGUUGCCUGGUUGUGAAUUAAAGGCAUCUCCGCAUAUCGAAUCGCGAAUCAAAACAUUGAAGGCAAAAUAUUAUGCUUUAUCUGAGAUGUUAUCUCAGAAAGGCUUUAGUUGGAAUGAUAAACAGAGUAUACUUGUAUGUGAAAGAAGUGUGUAUAAUGAUUGGGUGAAGAUUCACAAAGAAGCAAAUGGACUAUAUGGUAAACAGUUUUUGCACUAUAACAUAUUGAAGGAGAUUUAUGGUAAGGAGCGUACCACUGGUGCCGUUGUACGUAUUUCGAAUGUAGACAAGAAGGAGGAUGGGAUUCAUGAAGAUGAUUUGCCUAUAGAUGUAGAUUUGCAUUCAAACCGUGGUGUUGAUGUGAAUGUGGAGACUCAAAAUGAUGGUUCAGAUUCUUCAGAAGAUUACGAAGUAUCGUAUACUCAACAACCAAGUAGCCAUAGGCGUCGAUGCAAAUCACUAGAAAAUAGCCCGAGUGUUUCAAUUCGCGAUCGAAGGGUUAAAAUUAGGUUGAUGGAGGAGAUGGAUAAGAAUUUUGGGAAAAUGGCAGCUUCUAUAGCAACAAUGGCACAGAAGAUUGAAGGUUUGACUAACUUUUGGUCAAAUAAUAGAGAGGUGGCUGAUAUGCAAUCUAAACUUGAUAAAGAGUUAACUAGAAUUGAAGGAUUAACUGAAUUGCAAGUCUUCAGAGCUACAAACAUGUUGGCUACAAAACAUGAUUUGUUGAGAGUGUUCUUUUCAAUGUCUACAGAAAGGAAGAAAUCAUAUGUUUUCAACCUCCUAGAGUUUGGGAUUUAGCCAUUGGACAUAUACAUAUACAUGAUGUUAGGUAAAUAACUUUUCUAAUUAAUAAAAUUAUUAUUUUUAGUGA